AUGUAUAGUACCCAAGUGGGAUCUAAACGGCCAAGGGGAUUCAGUGAUGUUCCUGAUGGCUGGAACAGUGGGGAGGAUAUGAGCAACAGUGGAGAUGGAAUGUCUGAGACCAAGAAGAAAAGACGGAGUCGAUGGAACACUGAUAACGAUGACAAGAUUGUUAUUCCAGGCAUGCCUACAGUUCUUCCUCCAAACUUGACAGAAUCCCAGCAGCGACUUUAUGUUCUUCAGCUACAAAUUGAGGAAAUUACCCGUAAGCUGAGAUCAGGGGAUCUGGGGAUUCCUGCUAACCCAGAGCAAAGGUCCCCUUCUCCUGAACCCAUCUACAACAAUGAGGGCAAGAGGAUGAACACUCGGGAGUACAGGACACGCAAGAAGUUGGAGGAGGACCGGCACAGGCUCAUUCAGGAGUCGAUGAAGCUGAAUCCUGACUUCAAACCACCUAGUGACUACAAGCCGCCAAUUAUUCGAGUCAAUGACAAGGUUAUGAUACCCCAAGAGGAACAUCCAGAGAUUAACUUUGUGGGACUUCUUAUUGGACCACGAGGCAACACUUUGAAAAAUCUAGAGAAGGAUACUGGAGCCAAAAUCAUCAUUAGAGGCAAAGGUUCUGUGAAAGAUGGAAAGAUUGGACGUAAAGAUGGGCAGCCUUUGCCUGGAGAAGAUGAGCCGCUGCAUGCGUAUGUGACUGCCAACAACCCAGAGAAUGUGAAGAAGGCUGUAGAAAAAAUCAAGGAGAUCAUCAAGCAGGGCAUUGAGGUCCCCGAGGGGCAGAAUGAUCUAAGGAGGCAACAGCUGCGAGAGCUGGCGCUACUCAAUGGAACCCUGAGGGAGAACGAUGGAUUAGCGAAACUGCGUCAGAUUGCAGAAAGUCAAACAAUUGUAACCAACACGAUCGUGUGUACAAUAUGUGGAGGAGCAGGCCACAUUGCUCAAGACUGCAAGCAGAAAAGGCCGGGAGACACAUUCCGGAUGCAGCAGAUGCAGAAUCCAGCAGAAAGGGCUAAGAUGGAUAGUGAGUACAUGUCCUUGAUGGCAGAACUUGGAGAAGGACCGCCACCACCCCCUAAGUCAGAGCCAACCAAUUAUGCUCCCCCAGUCUAUGGUCGCACCCUGUUGUCACAUCCACCUCCAAAUCCUAUGGCGAUGAAUGCACCGUGGCAGAUGAACAACAGACCUCCCAUGGGACCUCAGAUGUCUGUUCCCUUAUUGAAUCGACCUCCAAUGGGCAUGCCGCAGGCAGCCCCUCAGAUCAACCCCAUGGGCCGCCUGCCCCCACCCUACAUGUCACAGACCAUGCAGCUACCUCCCGGCAUGCAGCCACCUCCCGGAAUGAUGCCUCCGCAAGGAGUGGCACAGCCUCAACAGCCCCCACCCAUGAUGGGAGGAAUGGCAAACAUGCCUUACAUGCAGCAGCAACAGCAGCAGCAAGGGCCUGGCAUGAUGAGACCUUGGCAGUCGGCCCCAGUGAGCCAGCCCCAGAACAUGAUGUCGGUCAACAACACAAUGACCAGCACCAACUCUUUAG